AUGUCGUACGCCUAUCUAUUUAAGUAUAUAAUUAUAGGGGAUACAGGCGUUGGGAAGUCAUGUUUACUAUUGCAGUUUACUGACAAGCGAUUUCAACCAGUUCAUGAUUUAACUAUCGGUGUUGAAUUCGGGGCUCGAAUGAUCAAUAUAGAUGACAAACAAAUCAAGUUACAAAUAUGGGACACUGCUGGACAAGAAUCGUUUCGAUCAAUUACUCGAUCUUAUUACCGUGGUGCAGCAGGUGCAUUACUAGUAUAUGAUAUCACCAGAAGAGAAACAUUUACUCAUUUAACUACCUGGUUGGAGGAUGCUAGACAACAUUCAAGCUCUAACAUGGUUAUUAUGCUGAUAGGAAAUAAAAGUGACUUGGAAAGUCGACGCGAUGUUCAAAAAGAGGAAGGUGAAGCAUUUGCCAGAGAACAUGGCUUAAUUUUUAUGGAAACAUCAGCUAAAACUGCCGCUAAUGUUGAAGACGCCUUUAUUGAUACAGCGAAGUGUAUUCAUGGAAAAAUCCAGGAGGGCGUUCUUGAUGUCAAUAAUGAGGCAAAUGGGAUUAAACUUGGACCUCAUCAUAACCCGGUAGGUGGAGCAUAUAAUAAUAAUAACAUGACAAAUCGUACUUCUGGUGCCGGUUGCUGCUAA